CGGCGCUGCGCGGUGGGCUGGCGCUGGGGUAUUUACGGUAAGGUGGACCCGGCGGUGGCAGCUCCGGUUGUCAGGUGAUCGGCGCUGAGGAGCCGUUGCCGCCGCCGCCCGGGGAAGGAAAAUGCAAGAUGGCCCAGCGGGGCCGUGAGGGGCUCCGCGGCGCCCCCUCCCCGCCCGCCGCCGCCUCCCCGGCGCGUAGGGCCGGCGGGAAGCGCUGAGGCCAACCCCGCCGCGCCAGAGCCCGUCCCCGGCGGGGGCACCGAGCCAUGGGGCUCUGCUACAGCCUGCGCCCGAGGCUCUUCGGCGACGCCGGUGGCGGCGGCUCCAUCUCCAGCACCGGCGCCGCCUCGGAGCCCGAAGCGCCGGCCGAGCCUCACGCCGCCCCGCAGCCGCAGCCCCUCGGCGCCCCGCUCCGGCCCGGCGGUAAGCCCGGCGGGGAGGCGGACGGGCCGCCGCUGCUGCUGCAGAACGGCGGCGGUAACGGGGCGGCCCCUGAGCGGCCGUCGCUGCCCAAGGCCGGCGGCCCGGGCGGCGGGGGGAAGGCGGCGAGGCAGCAGGCGCUGCACCAGCCGCCGGCGCUGCAGAGACCCUGGGAGAAGCUGCGCCUGGAGGAGCGGGAGGCGGAGAAGGAGGCGAGGAAAGUCAGCAAGAGCAUCGACCGGGCGCUGAAGGAGCAGAAGCGGGAGUACAAGCAGACGCACCGCCUGCUGCUGCUCGGGGCUGGUGAGUCAGGAAAAAGCACUAUUGUGAAACAAAUGCGAAUCCUACAUGUCAAUGGAUUUAAUUCAGAAGAAAAGAAACAGAAAAUACUGGAUAUUCGGAAAAAUGUUAAAGAUGCGAUUGUGACUAUAGUUUCAGCUAUGAGCACUUUAAUACCCCCAGUUCCAUUGGCCAACCCAGAAAACCAAUUUCGAAUGGACUACAUCAAGAGUAUAGCUCCGCUUUCUGACUUUGACUAUACACAGGAAUUCUUUGAACACGCAAAAAAGCUCUGGGAUGAUGAAGGUGUAAAGGCAUGCUUCGAGAGGUCGAACGAAUAUCAACUGAUUGACUGUGCACAGUACUUUUUAGAAAGAAUUGACAGCGUCAGCAUGGAUGACUACACACCCACAGAUCAGGACCUAUUAAGAUGCAGAGUGUUGACAUCAGGGAUUUUUGAAACAAGAUUUCAAGUAGAUAAAGUAAAUUUCCACAUGUUUGAUGUAGGUGGCCAGAGAGAUGAGAGAAGAAAAUGGAUCCAAUGCUUUAAUGAUGUCACAGCUAUCAUCUUCGUUGUGGCUUGCAGCAGCUACAACAUGGUAAUAAGGGAAGACAACAACACAAACAGACUACGGGAAUCCCUGGACCUUUUCAAAAGUAUCUGGAAUAAUAGGUGGUUACGGACCAUUUCUAUCAUUUUGUUCUUGAAUAAACAGGACAUGCUGGCUGAAAAAGUCUUGGCAGGGAAAUCAAAAAUCGAAGAUUACUUUCCUGAGUAUGCGCAUUAUACUGUACCUGAGGAUGCAACACCAGAUGCAGGAGAAGACCCCAAAGUCACAAGAGCCAAGUUCUUCAUCCGGGAUGAGUUUUUAAGGAUAAGCACGGCGAGCGGGGACGGGCGGCACUACUGCUACCCACACUUCACCUGUGCAGUGGACACAGAGAACAUCCGCCGGGUGUUCAACGACUGCCGGGACAUCAUCCAGAGGAUGCAUCUCCGCCAGUACGAACUCUUGUGAGGGGGAUCACCGUGGAACCUGUGGUUUUAAAUUCUUUGCUCCUUACUCUUUCUCUUGCUACUACCCCACACAGGGUGGAAGAAUAUACUAUAGAAAUGUCAGUCUCUUCACUUUGUUUACUUUAAUUAUUUAACCUUAAAGCUGAUUCGAAGCAAGUUUGGGUUGUUUUUCCUUCAUGCUUUUUGGGACUAUUUUUGUGCUUUAUUUUGACAUGCCACUUCUUCGUCAUUCCACUAAGCCCUUCGGCUACCUCUGGUCCCUUAGGUUUUGGGUUUUUUUUCUGACUGAACGCGACCUGCUAAAUUUUUUCCAGCAGGUUACCGCCGGUUCACACUGGCACGUCAGCUGGAUGACACUAAAGUCAUACCUAUCCCUCUGUGUGGGUUUCCUUUUUAACAUGACAUUGAAGAGUACUUGAUGGGUGAAAAAAAAAAAGAUUAAUGCACUUUGUAUCAGGUUAUUAAAUACUGUUGAGGAAGUAGACACACAAUGUAGCAGCACCACAAUAUUUAUUACUCUGUCACAGUUUUUAGCAUUUCUGAGUUGCAGGUCAACUGAUAAAGUGACCUCCUCUUUUAAGCCGUUACUGGCACAGGAAGUAGAGUAGAUAAUGAGAGGAAUAGUGAAGACAAAGCAAUUUCUCUGGGGUUUUGGAGCCGAGCGUCUCUGCGCACCUCAGGCGUUUGAAUUACAGCUACUUUUCAGCCUGUCGCAUCGAGGCAGAAAAUUGACCGCCCUCACUUACGUUAUUUGUGCUGUCCACAAAUGAUCCUUUUAGUUCUGAUCAUUCUUGGACAACGGUCCUCUCCCUAUAUAUAUUUUUUUGUUUUACUGCUGGUUUAUUAUAUUGUACAGACUGUAAAAUGUAAUAUUAUUUUGUACAACUUUAUUGAAGAAAAAUACUUGUAGAAGAUCUUUGUGCCUUGAUUAUGGCUGUACCUGUAAAAUGAGCUAAGAUGUAAGUAUGUUUUUGAUUGCGCUGUACAGCUUGAUGUCAACCUUACCUGCAGCAGUGACUGGAGGUAAGAACUUUAUCUGUAGAGUUUAGGGGUUUUUUUCUGGUUUAUAUAAAAAUGCUCUUUAGUAUAAAAAUUAUAAAUUAUGCAAAUUAACCACUUACCUUUCCAAGUAAGGUAUUACAGUCACCGGAUGUUGCAGCAAACAUGCCUUUCUCUUUUGAAGUCUCAGCUUUAAAACAUUGGAAUUCAUUCAAGUGUCCAAAUUGCAACCUGGUGUUGUUUUAAUGGGAACCAAGGAUUUAUUAUUUUCUUUUUUCCUUUCUAUUUAGAAAAUAUGUUUGGUAAUUCUUUGGUCAUUCAUAGAACUUCACAAUUGCACAGACCGAUUGUGAAUGUGUAAAGCACCAUUAUAUAGAGCUCUUCAAUCUUUGUACCAACAGCGGCUUUCAUUGUGCAAGUAAAUAGCGAGAAAGAAGAAAAAAAAAAACUUAAAAAAAAAAAAGGUGUAUAAACCCUCGUGUCUGGCCUAAGAGAAUUACAAGAUGACAUUUUUAUUUCUCUUUUAAUAAAGAGACACAUUAGAAAAUUGUUUUAUUUUAAAUAUUGUAGAAUCAAAAUGUGUGAAUAUUUCUCAAACUUGAAUAAUUUAUGCAAAUGACAUUCUCAAAACAAGUUGUGGUACAGUACAAUAUAUAAAAAGCAAGAAUUGCUGUAGCAAUAAGGCAUGUCCUUUUUAGUAACUAUAACACUGCUUUAUAUUUUAUACAUAGGUGUUUUAUGUCUGUGACUAUAUACUUUUCCUGUGUCCAAGAUAACCUGUACAAAUGUCUAAAAUUACAGUUGCAAUAACAGAAACCUAGAAAAGUGUUAGACUACAUUACUUUAUAGAGUGUUUUACCACACUUUGGACCAUUCUCCCCUCACUUCACUUUAAAUUUAGGGAGAGAUAAAGAGCUAACACAUUCCCCACAUUGGCAUAUAAAUCAGCAAGUUUGAUUAACUUUUUAAGCAUCGUUACUAGUUACAAACCCCUGUCAGUCAUCUUUUUAAAUUCAGAUUACAGAGGAAUUGAGACCGUGUUUCUAUUUGACAAUAAACAGUCCCCUCUUAGAUACUGUAACAUGACCAUUUCCUCUUCCCAAAAACUUGUCGACUUUGAUAUCCCUGUGUUCGAUUUAGUCAUCAGCUGUUUCCCAGAAAGUGACAGGCUGGGUGGAAUAAGCUAAUAAUAAACAAAAUUCCCAAAUGCAGAGAUUCUCUCACUUCCCAUGCCAAAGAAAGUAGUAGAGCGAGCAACAACAGGGAGUCUUUUCUUUAAAAACAAGCCCCAGGCCUGGCGUGAGGUCAUCCCUGGGGGUGUUGUGGGGCGGGUGGGAGCAGCUGUAGGGUUGGGGCAUCCUCCCUUGCGGGAUUUUACACCCUCCGUCCUGCCUCCCGGGGGGGCCUCCCCAGGGCAGAGCUAGUGUGGGUCAAACGUGACUCUCCUGUAGGUGAACAGACCUCGUGGGCCCCGCAGGAACCUAACCCCAUCCCUCUCCAGGGCCGAGGCACAGGGUGAUGUUACUGCAGCUGUAUUUGACCUUCCUUCUUGCAGAAGAUCGGCAACUGGAGGGCCCCUCACCACACAGAUCUCUGGGAUGCAAUAGGGCCCUCUUUUUUUUUUUUUUUUUUUUUAGCUCAUCAUAGCACAUCUUUCUAAAAAUAGCAGCUUGAGGUGUCACCCUAAUUAUUUUUUUUAAGCAGGUUUCAAGUGCUUAUCAGCAAACUGGAUCCACAAGCUUCUUCCCGUUGUUGUCUGGUAGACGAUAACCGCCAGUCGUAGUCAGCUGAUAAGUUAAUGUGUCGGGAACUGGAAGAUUUCUUGUCCCAAACCACAGUCCCUCACAUAUGACGGCCUAAAAAAGGUUACGGAGAUCCGCAUCUCUCAGUGCUGAGGUAUCUAGUUUCUGCCUGACCCUCACAAACAGAAGUAUGACAUUAGAAGGGCCAUGCAGCAAUAAAACAGAAAAAACGUUUCCAGUUUGCAGGACUGAGCCUCCACCAGGGUAAGACACUAGCACAGAGAAGUGAUGAGGCUAUAGGAUUUACAUAAUGUACAGUUACACUUUUAAUAUACAUAUUUGAUACAAAAAAAAAAUUAUAGCAGGAAAAGGACUCAUUUGAUUGUAGAAUACAGUAUUUUUGUACAGCAUGAAACGUUCAUUUCAGUUAAUUAUUUAUCCUGUAGUAGUCAUAUCAGCUGUAUAGGACUUCUAUGGUAUGUGUAAAUGCAACCUGCCUUCAGACUAGCAAUCAAAUUAGGUCAUUUGCUGGCAUGAAUAUAGUCUGAUGUUUGACUGUUCUCAGCUUUGGUAUUUCAGUGACUGAAUGCAGAUGUCUGGCUCUUCAUACUGCUUUAUGCUUACUGAUUAAACGCUGAGCAAAAUAAAAUGGUGGAGUGAGAAGCUGAAAAUGAGCUAGUAUCAGGAUUACAAGCAGAGCACCUGCUGCACAGUAUAUAGUAAAGACUCUGCUCUCGUACGGAAGGAAGCAUUUUUGGAGGGAGAAGUCAGUUGGUGUUAUGCUGCCCUGGAAGAGAAACGAAGACUGUCACUUGGCUGUUACAGUGGGUUCUGAAGCAGGAGUAACACCGCGGCUGUCGGAUCUGUGAUUCCUGAAUUCUGUGUUGGGUGGCAAGGGUUGGGGCCAGUCUCCCAGUACCAGUGCCUUCUCCAGGGGGCUGAAGAGUCCGUACCUUGCAGUGCUGGGCACUAACUGGAAUAGUCACCAGGCCAACACUAGCCCAGAGGCCAAUCUGCCCUAUGUUCCAUCUAGCGUAAAUAGAGAGCUGGGCUCCUCAUCUGAUCUGCCUUCGAGAGAAGCCUGACUUUAGCUGCUGUAAAUCCACCCGGAAGGAGCCUUCCCGGGCUAAAGUUAGGUUUUGUGAAUGUGCCCCUUCCUCCCCCCAGAGCCCUCCUCCUACCCAGUACAUGCUGCAAAAAACCCGUUGGCUAAUCCAAAUUCCCAACAACAAAAAGAACUUCAGUGGGUUUUGGCCUGACUUUGCAGUUCUAAUUAAAGUUUACAACGGACCGAGGCCGAGUUUAAACGGUAGUGAAGACGAUGCAACCUUAAUUAGCCAACCUCUUGUUUUGCAGUGAAGAUGCACUGUGUGGCGUGUGCAGAGAGCAAGCGUAGUUUGAAGGCAGCUACUCUCAGGAAUACAGAAUAAACAGAACUACUUUCGACAAGAAAUAUUAACCGUUGCAUAAAAUGAGUUUUAAAGUUUGGGGUUUAUCUGUGUAUUGAGCAGCCUAAACAACAGCAGGAAAAAAUACAUGAAAGAUUUCCCCCCCCAGGUCACAGACUACUCCGUAAACAGAUUGUAGGUUUUGCUUCUUCCUCCGAGUUUCUAGGAGCUCUGUUUUAUUUUUGAACUGGGAAACUAAUUGAUUUACCUCUAAGGAUACACUGAGCACUGGAACUGCCUGCGAGAGCAUAACCAACACGCUGUAUAAAAUGUGAAUUGGAAAGGAGGAGGCAGACUGUGGGCCUGUGACAAACGUGUUCACUGUGUGAAGCGGUUCGUGCACAAGUCUGAAAACCACCAUCACCGUGCAAGAGUUGGAGGUGGAUACGGUCUUGUUUUCAUAGUUGGUAAAUCAACCAAGCCAAACUAGUCUUUCUACUGUUCAGUGCACAAUACUGAUUCUUUUUACAAGUCAAUAGUUUACAAUGCACCCUCUUUAUAAGAAAAUGUUAGAUGCUUGUACCCAGAUACUAAUUAGAUCUUUAACAGCAUUGCUUUGUACCACACAGAACAUGUGGCUCCCACAGAUGUACUUUAUAAAGUGGAUGCAGUGUACUGAGUGGGUUGGGUGGGUAGGCAAUUUUUUUAAUUUUUUUUUUUGUUUUUACAGGUAGAAUCAGUUUUAAAAUAUAGCUGACUGCCAUGUUGAUUUAUUUAUGAAAGUUAUCUGACAAAAAUAAAAAAAAUUAAAACUUA